UUUUUUGUCGUGAUACUCAUACAAUCUGUAUUGAAAUCUGCUUUUGCUCGAGUUUCAUUCAUGCACGUGUCAACAUAAUGCUAGCUCACUCGUUUCCAACGAAUCCAAUUUAUGACGCCAAUUGUGAGAUAAACCCGAUCGAUUCCUAUUAUCACCUGCGAGCAAAAUGAUAGAGACACUUUUUUCAAGAACGCGUGAAUGCAUGAAGACUUAAAAAGUAAACUUGACGCGUCACAGCCACUUCAACACCAACUUUUGCUCCACUCGUAGCACUUCUUAUCAUUGUCCGUAACAGAAAAAAAGGUUCUUGUAAACUGCUACUGGUUUUGAGAACACAAAUUUCUUUCACACGUGCAUCACGUUGUGUAAAUCUUUGAAUAGUUUUGUUAUCAUUUAAUCAGAUUAAAGACGGAAAGUUCUCUCCUAUCGCUAGCUAUAAAAUGAUUUUUGGUCUUGGCAUACGAUGCACUACUAUCGAAAACAAUGUCGAGCAAGUUUACAACUAUUCUGCUGACGGUGCUUAUCGCACUAUUCGCUUGUGCACUGACACAGGCUGAAAAGCGUCAUAAACUUACCCGCCCAGCAUUCCAUCCCAAUGCACCCUACUUGGCUGGCAAACGGAUCGUCGGUGGAUUUGUGAUCGAUAUCUCUGACGCUCCUUAUCAGGUAUCCCUGCAGUACAACGGCAAACAUCACUGCGGGGGAUCGAUCCUGAAUAGCAAGUGGAUCCUCACAGCAGCACAUUGCAUCGAUCUCCACUCCGAGGUGAAACCUACCGUAAGGGUUGGGUCAUCGGAGCACGCUGCCGGUGGAACCGUGCUGCAUUUAGUGCGCAUUGUGCCCCAUCCCGGGCAUAGCUCAAGUGCCAACAACUACGAUAUCGCUUUGCUGGAGCUCGAGAGUGAAAUUACGUUCAAUGACAACGUCCAACCCGUUCAACUUCCGGAACAGGAUGAUCCGAUCGAGGAAGGAACGAUGGGAAUCGUCUCUGGUUGGGGGAUGACAAUGAGUGCAGCUGAUUCGAAUGCCAUCCUGCGAGCAACAAACGUACCGACAGUGAAUCAGCAGGAAUGUAACCAGGCCUACCAGUCUUAUGGAGGCAUUACGGAACAGAUGUUUUGUGCAGGAUAUAGGCAGGGUGGUACAGGCACUUGUCGGAAUGACUCUGGUGGUCCUUUCGUCGCGGAAGGCAAGCUGAUUGGUGUAGUUUCGUGGAGUCAUGAAUGCGCGCUGGCGGGCUAUCCAGGGGUUUAUGCACGUGUGGCAAGCGUACGUGAGUGGAUUCGUGAGACCAGUGGAGUAUAAAAGGGAAUUCUGGAAUAGACACAAAGCAAGAAGUGUUGGAUGAAACGGGAGAUUCAAUUUUCAACUAAUCAAUCAACUACUCACACAAACAAAUAAAGUACUUUAAAUCUA